AGCAGCAGUUCAGCUCCCCGCAGUUCUGCUCAGUCCUACAGAGAGGACACCCACUGCUGCCACUGCGAGAAAUGUUUUUCCUGAAGAUGGAAGAGUUUGCUGAAUCUGAUGUGGCAUGUUCGUACGAACCCUUCGUAUGAACAAAAAGAUAAGGCGACGAAUGAGCAGAAACCCCCUCCUGCCGCCRUUGUCCUCGCUCACACCGUUCCUCAGAUGGGAGGUCACCAACUACCGUUCUGCUUUGCCCAAAUGUGCCCUCGCCGCUCCGCGCCUGUGUAACAUGGCUGCCCAUGGCCGUUUCCUGUACGUGAACACCUCGGAGCGGAGCUACUUGUUACGAUGGUGAUCAUUUUCUCAAAAACACUGGAAAAGAAGAAGGGUGUCCGUGAUGUAACGUCCAAGAGCAUCGAAAGACAGAMGAGUGAUCUCCACACCAUGAGCAGAGGGACCACCCUCUUCUCCUGUGGAACUGUGGAAGCAGAUGGAUGGUUCGACCUGGGGCGAAGCUGUGCCGUCCAGCAGAAAUCUCCGUGCCAGUCUGAUUCCAGUCUGGAGAGCUUGUGGGAUGUGAUGCCUGAACCUGGGAGCCAACUGUGGACCAAGGAACCAGGCAGCACCACUGCUAUCACCAGCCUGAUAAGAGAUCUGACUCUGAGCAACAGCAGCCCGAUCAGCACCCACGGGACGUCCACCACGGCACAUUACUCUACCACCGCCGCCAGUCAAGCUCCUGCAGCACCGCCAAGCAAACGUCAGUGCCGCUCCCUGUCGUUUUCCGAUGAAUUCAGUGGGUUCCGCUCGUCUUGGAGACCCCAAGGCUCCCGAGUGUGGACGUCCGUGGAGAAACGUAGGUGCCACAGUGGAGGAAGUGUCCGAGCAGGAGGGGCGGGCCAUUUCCCCAUCAUGCAGCGCAGCUCCAGCUUCAGUUUACCUUCGCRCUCUAGCCUCCCUUCAGAUGGAAUGGUGGACCUGCAAUUCUUCAACCAGCAACUGCCUCUCCACCCUCAGUUCACCGCCUCGCCAGUAUCCCCUACCUCUCCUUUCUCACAGCACCUUCAUCACUGCCACAAUCAGGUCUUCCUCAGGCCUCUGUCGCUUUCCCACGAGCAGAUCAGUCCGACSGAGCUCCAGAAGGAGGAAUCAUCGGAGGCCAGCUCUCCAGACUCCACGCCAGAGCUGAGGAGACGCUCUGAAAGGAGGGGUGCGGGGAAAGGGUGCCUGUCUCGGAGCAAAUCUCAGCCUUGUGUGCUGAACGACAAAAAGAUUGCUAUGAAGCGCCGAAGACCAGAGGAUGCCCAGGAGCAGCGUCCCUCCCUGGACUUGGCAAAGAUGACUCAGAAACUUCAGACCUUUCAAAGCCUGAGCUGGCCUGGAUUCUCAGCCUCCGACAGCUUCCAGUCAAGCCUGCCUUCCUUCGAUGCUGCCAGCCAAUCGGAGWCAGCCUUCACGGCUGUGUCCAAGCUGGGACUAGAAUCGCGAGAAAAGGUGAUAGAUGACGAAGAGGAGGAUUCCUCCUAYGAGGAAGUGGAUAGUGAUUCUGCUUACAGCGUGGACUCGCGGCCUGGGUCUCCUGCGUGCAUUGCGGACACCAAACGCACCCUCUGGAAGGGUGACCGUGGAACACAGAAGGAUAUUUUCCAGCUUGGGGGAGAGCUGGACCUUGACCAGAUUGAAAGAAACUGAACAUUUUAAAGAGAUUUUAAAAGACUGCGUGAACGUUUGUUAUAGAAAGUCACAUCUGAUGAACCAAGAAGUGACUAUUAAUGUGUCCUGUAGGGAAACGAAUGUUUAGUUUUGAAAGGGAACAAUGUUAAAAAAGACUGAGAAAGUACGUCAYGAAAAGUUGCCUUCUUAAUGACACAUAUGCAUUUGAACACUCUUUUUUUUUUUUUUGCUUUAAUCAAAAAGCAGUAACCUUAGUUGUUUAUGUUUUUGAAUUCAGCGUUUGCCUUUUCUCAGGAGUGGAAAAGUGAGACUGUCUUAAAAAAAAAUCCCAGCCCUCACUGUUUUUUUAACCUGGURACCUUUCCAAAAUCAGCUCACCUUAGGUUUUAUAGUACUGUAGCAUUAGCUGUGAUCUCAUUUAUUUAGCUCCAGUUUUCAUUUUUCAGAGUAAUUAGAAGUUGGGGUAAAAAAAUUACACACAUGUAUGUAUAUUUACAGAGUUUAGUUUGGCCUUUCCUCAUCUUUUGUGCACACAUAAAUCUUUUUGUCUGAAUGUAGGCUCAAUAAGCUUUAUGAAGAGUUUUUAAAAAAGUGCCUUCUUUUGAAUGCRCGUUCUUGUAGUCCUCAAGAACCCUGCCUCACUGAAAGCCACUGUCUCUGAUGUUCAUAUGCAAGUUGUAUGUUUGAACCAAACACUGAAUCUCUUUCGUGUUCAAAUGGCAGUGUGUAUUUUUUCUACAGAACAGAAUUUUUGAUGCGCUGUUUGUUGAUGAAGCGAGAUUGCGAAGCCUUUCCUCUGACAAAAUGGAAAUAAAUUCACAACCUGCAUCUACA